AUGUGCAAAGAAUUCCUCCAACAGCUACGUAGCACAACUACGUUGCCCGAUGCAGCUGUCUACGACAACGUCGGGUUGAGCGAUGGAACUGAAGACCCCGAAUUGCCGCGCGAUUUUGGUCGAGGCAACAAUGGACAAUGUUUGGGUCCGGUGCACCAGAAGCAUACUCAAUUCCGGUCAAGAACCGGCUCAACGGUCACUGGUGUAUUGUUCCGGGACCUGUGUGGCGUGAACGUUCAAGCUAGUUUUCAACUUGACGGCGGAUUGUUCUCCUCCCAUAGCGUUAUGGAUCGUGACAGCACCAUGCGGAGUGUUCCGCUCGAAAGGCUUAUUUUUCAUGUACGUCUUUACAUCUUCAAAUUCUACUCGGCUUCUCAUGGUUCCAAACCCACCCACCGUAUGGAGACCGGGAGACUCCGAGGAAACUAG